AUGCUUACACUUAAACGGUCGCCACUACCGGCUUUUUCAAAAGUAGCCAUGCCAUUCGAUUUUGAUGCUACGCGAUAUAGAAAAUGGAUUGAACUUUCACGCCUGAACCAUCCGAAAGUCUCGGUAAUGUCCUUCAACUUGCUCUCUCAGCAUUAUGUGUGGAAACAGGUGUUCGGGUACCUAGAUCAGCGCUAUCUUGACUGGAGGUAUAGACUUCCUCUCAUAAACGAGACAAUUGCCCAAUUUUCAUGUGACAUCAUGUGUUUCCAGGAGUUGGAGAGCCAGCUCUACUCGUGUCAGUGGCAGAAACACUUUCCCUUGAAGAAUUAUGCGCUGUAUUAUAUUCGCAAACCGAAUCCAGCAUAUUGGGGGGAUAAACCAGUUGAGCAUAUGGACGGAGUUGGAAUCUUCGUGAACCAAAAUCGAUUUGACGUGGUUAGCCACCGUGAGAUCAUCUUUCGGGACUAUAUCUUGCAGCAUAAGCUGCGGUUUGACUUCACGCAAGAUUUAUCAGAGAGAGUGGUUCUGCGAAAUACCGUCGGUCUACUUCUUAAGCUCCGAGACAAGCUUUCAAACAAAGUAUUGUACGUCACAAACACCCAUUUGUACUGGCUGCCGAAGUAUAACGACGUCAAACUCCUCCAGACAAAGUUGCUAUUGAACGAGCUCAAACGGUUCAUUGCGAAAGACAAUGAGGAUGCAGCACAUGCCAACAUCGUCAUGUGCGGUGAUUUCAACUCCACGCCAGAUUCGUUGGUAUACAAUUACCUUAAGGGCAAGCCUAUUGAUGUUUGCCACAGCAAGGAAUUCAAGGACUACGAUUAUGGUCGAUUGUUUGAUGGUGAGAAAUGUUCUGACGAAAUUAAGAGCAGUGUUCAUGUAGCGCCUGCUUACGCUGCUCUCCUAGAGGAGAAUACCUCCGAAACACUAGAUUUCACAAGUUUCACUCGAAGUCUAACGGCCGUAUUGGACCAUAUUUGGUUUAGCACCGACAAUCUACAAGUAUGUAAGGUUUUGGGGAAGGUUGAUCCUGACUACAGCGGAAAGGCGCUAGGAUUUCCAGAUAAGCAAUUUCCCUCGGACCACAUUCCGCUUGUUGCCGAGCUUUCCUACCAAUAG